GACAUUUUAUAAAACAUCAUCACCUGCCUGCUGAGAAUUACUGAUUCAGCUUGAUCUCUGCCUUCUGUUGAAACCAGGACUAAGGAUUGACAUAAAAACCUGCAGUUCUGGAAAUCUCUACAGGCAUGGAUCGGAAAAAGAUGAGCGAGUUGCUGCUCUUUCUGGUCCUCAUAUCAUGCCAGACUCGAUCCAUCCAAUCAGCUCCUCUUUCCUCCUACCUGGUGUCAUCAUUUACCCCUCCUGACUCUGACUCCACCCUACCAUUCAACCACAUCGCCAUCAACAACGUCACUGAAGAUGUCUAUAUCGGAGCACGGGAGAGACUCUACCAACUCGACUCAGACCUAAAUCUCGAACAUUAUGUGAAUACUGGAAAGUGUAGUGAUUCAAAUAAAGAUAAUGAUAAUAAACUACUCAUUGUGGUGACAACACCCCAGAAGAACACUCUUAUCACUUGUGGUGGCUGUGACGGGUUCUGUGAGACAAGGAGUUUGACUAAUAUAUCGCAUGAUGUAACGAGGUACAAUACAUUCAAUUCUCAGGGGGUUGUGACAACAGGAGAUGUACCUACUGUUGGAGCUGUUGUUCUGGGUGCUGAAUUUGUGAGAAAUGGUGUGGGCACUCCAAAUGAUAGCUUUUACCUAUUCACAGGGGUCAGUGGUAGCGUAGAUACUUUUAUUGCAAAGCACAAUCUUUUAGACUUGGAUACCGUGCAAAACAUACCACGAUCUGGUGUCAUGAUGUUGAGUUUAUUCAAACAUCAGAUUGCUUACAAGGGUUAUCUGUACUAUUUCAUAUCCAGAAAAAAUAGUGUGCACUUGGGACGUCUUUGUCGUAAUUCACUAGACGUGUUCUUUCAGUCAUACACAGAAAUAGAGCUGCAGUGUGGACCUCACGAUAUGUUUCAAUCUGCUCAUAUCGGACCAGCAGGAUCCCAGUUAGCCGACUCACUGAAUAUCGACACUACGGAUGCCUUAUUGUAUGCGGUAUUUUCAAAAGAGGGCUCAUCUGCUCUUUGUGUCUAUAAGAUGAGUGAUGUCGAGCAGAGCUGUGGCGAUGCUGUUUUAGGAUGUUUUCAAGGAACUAGCACUGGUACAACGAACAGUUACCUGCUUGAUAGCAGGUGUCGUGAAAUUCUAUCAGUAGAACAGUACCCCUAA